CGGUAAAGAACCUGCUGGGUCAAAGGUCAUCGUUAGGAAAACAACAUGGUGGACAGUGCAAAUAAAACAGUAAAGAACUAUGAAAGUUUGGACUCUUUUAUACGUCUAUGAUAAGUGUUACAAACAAUAACAAUGAGAAUGACAUACUGUACAGUACAGAUGCAAAGAAAUAACCAAAAUUAAGGCCUCAAGAUGAUGAGCAAUGCAUCAAAGAACCAAUCUCCUAAUCCAACAGGCCAAACUCCUAAGGGUAAACUGGACAGAAAUACUCCAUUGGAAGAAAACAAGAAAAUACUGAAAGUAUCCUCAGAAGAAGACAUUACUGCAUUUGCUCUAGAACUUUUGCGGCACUUGAAAUCAUGUGAUACUUAUGACAAUGAUGAGUGUUUGACAUCUCUAAAGACAAUCAGCUCUAUUUAUAGUGUUUGCCGCCCUCAUAGGUUAGCUAUUGGAACAGCUUUAACUGUUGAAGGACUGUCAGUGCAAUGCCAAAAGCAGUUGAAAUAUUUCAAUCAAGUGGGUGUAUUUAAGAGUGAUCUGGUAUGGUUCCCAUGUUAUUACACAAUGAAUAUCCUAUGGAAUUACUCAGAUGCUGUACCUACAUUGGCAAAGGCUUUGGCUGAUGAUGGUACAUGUAAACUUCUGCUAGCCAAUCUCUCUCACAAACCAUACCUUGAGAAUCUGAGCAGCAAGAAUGUAACCUAUAUGAUCAAAGCCUCCUUGAGUAUUAUACACAAUGUUGCACGCACACCUGAGACUGGACAUGUCUUCAAAGAAAACAAAGGAAUUGAGGUUAUCAAGCCAUUCACCAAUUCUGACAAUGACUUCUUCAAAGCCCUGGCUGCCCUCACUAUGGCUUACAUUAUAGAUGAAGAUGACCUCAACACAUUAGAUGCUAAUAAAGACUCCAUCAAGUUUAUUGUAAACUGUUUAAGGACUGCACUACAAUCAUCAACAAGACGAUUCCGUGGAUUUAGCCCAGGAGAGCUGGCCAUGGGGCUCAAUAAAUUGGCUGUCAAUGACAAGAAUAAAAAAGUGAUCGUUGAAUGUGGUGCAAUCAAAGAAUUUGUGUUAAUGCUUAAAUCCAAUGAUACGGAAGAACAACAUUGGGCAGCUCGUUCACUUUGGACAUUGGCAUUUGAUAAAGAUGUCCGUGGAGAAAUCAAAGCAACUGAUGGAUGUAUAGAGACUUUAGAAAUCUUGAAAUCAAGUGAGAACAGUGAUGUAAAGAGGUCAGCACUCGGUGCUUUGUGGGUCAUUAAUGAGGACAGCCAGGCUCGACCUAAGGCCAAAGAAGGAGCAGAUUUUACAAAGAAGGGCCAUAUUAUGAUAAGUUACAAUUGGGACCAUAAGGCUAUAGUUAGGAAGAUCAAUGACAGACUUAAGGCAAAUGGUUACAAAACAUGGAUUGAUGUUGAACAGAUGGGUGGGUCUACUCUGGAGGCCAUGGCAGAGGCAGUAGAGCAGGCCAGUAUGGUACUACUGUGUUUCUCAGAGAAGUACAAAGACAGUCCUAAUUGCAGAACAGAGGCUGAAUAUACAUUCCAACUGCGAAAGAAGACUGUGCCUAUAAAAGUACAGCAGGGCUAUACGCCUAAUGGCUGGCUUGGGAUGAUGAUUGGGACUAAACUUUUCUAUGACUUUAGUGGAAAAUAUCCAUUUGAUCCAAAAUAUGCAGAGCUGGUUUCUCAGAUAGACAAGGAAAUGGGAGGAAAAGCGGAGGCAGUAGUUCAAGAGAAAGACACUGCCGUUGACAUCAUGGAUAGCGGAUUUGCACCAACUGGCUCCUCCCCAUCUACAGGAUCAGCCACUGGGUUCAGGAGGUUACGAGUUGACCUAAAUGCUGCUGCAUCUAAAUGGGAUAAAACAGAAGUUUUGAACUGGUUGAAGGAGAAAGGAUUUGAAAGACAAUCUGUUGCGUUUGAUCGUUUUGAUGGACGUAUGUUGGGGAGACUUGCUGGCUUGAGGGGAGAGGCACCUGACUAUUUCUACAAAUCAUUAAAGCGUGAAUAUAAUCUGGAUUUGUUGGACAUUUUGAAACUAGUUGAUGCCUUAGAGGAAAUCUUCCCACUUGUGGACUAAUUUACGUCAAACAUAUUUGAGUCACACAAGAUACUUGUAUUUAUUACAUUUUACAUGUUUAUGCACUGUGAAGAUAUCUAUUAGUUGUGAUAUUAUAACUUCAUAAUGUUUGAAAGUACAAAAUGAAGUGGGAAAUAUACUGAAAUCAAUGAGAAUGUACUAUACAGUGUGAAAAGAUGCACAAUUCUAGGCUGGACAAUUGAAUAUCAAUAUAUUCCCAUGGCCACAUUAUUGAUAAUCGCAGAAAUCAGCAAGAAUAAAGCACUUGUAAAGGAAAUGGGCAUGAAUUCAGAAUUUGAAUUGAAAUGCCAGACAAUCAAUUGUUGGCCAAUACAUGAUACAAUCACAAUAUGUCAUACAGAAAUAGUGUCAUUAUAUGUGAAAAUAAAGUGUCAUUAUGGCAUGUUUGGAAGGUUUACGAAUCCAGCUGUAUCUUGGGAUUAACCCAAAAAUCAAUGUUUCAAAAAUCAUGAAUUUUAGGUUCUACCUUGUAUUAAAUGAUAUUGUUUCAAAGCUGCUUUAGAAGUAGAGUACUUCACAUAUCUAGUUGUUUUACAUUGCCUUUGAUGUCAAUUGAUGUGAUUAUACACCAUUGUUGAUAAUACAUUUGUUCAUGUAAUGCUAUU